AUCAGGAGCCCCCAUCGUGAACCAGCUCACUGUACCUAAGGUGUGCUUCAAUAUUCGACAGCUAGUUAGCUUAUUUACUGCCAUCAAGCUAAAAACAAAACACUUUUACAUUUAUUAGGUAGCCUAGUUUCCUGCUCAGGACAUCAUCCAGGGCAACAAGCUCAGGAUACACUGGUAAACUUCAUUAUGGUUGGUGUUAAAGUAAUCGGAAACGACCCGGACUUCCAACCGGAGUUGGCGGCCGCCGGCUCUAGGCUCACCGUAGUGAAGUUCACAAUGGCCGGGUGUCGGCCCUGUGUCAGAAUAGCUCCAGCUUUCAACAUGUUGAGCAACAAGUAUCCACAGGUCGUCUUCCUUGAAGUUGAUGUUCAUGUCUGUCAGGCAACAGCAGCAGCCAACAACAUCUCAGCCACACCGACGUUCUUGUUCUUCAGGAACCGGGUCCGGGUGGACCAGUAUCAGGGGGCGGAUGCUGCGGGUUUGGAGGAGAAGGUCAAACAGCACACAGAGAACGACCCGGGAAACAGCGAGGACUCAGAUAUUCCUAAGGGAUAUAUGGACCUCAUGCCUUUCGUUAACAAAGCCGGCUGCGAGUGCCUCAACGAGAGCGACGACUGCGGCUUCGACAGCUGUUUAAUUAAAGACUCCUCCUACCUGGAAUCUGACUGCGAUGAACAGUUACUGAUAACGAUGGCCUUCAACCAGCCUGUGAAACUCUUCUCUAUGAAGUUACAGUCCUCAGACUUUGCCCAAGCCCCUAAGGUGAUGAAGGUGUUUAUCAAUCUCCCUCGGUCGAUGGGUUUUGAUGAUGCGGAGCGAAGUGAAGCCACUCAGACUCUGGAGCUUUCAGAGGAAGACUACAAAGACGACGGUCUGAUUCCUCUACGUUACGUCAAGUUUCAGAACGUUCAGAGUGUUACGUUGUUUGUCAAGUCCAACCAAGGAGACGAGGAGACGACAAAAAUCAACUACCUGACGUUCAUAGGCACCCCAGUCCAGGCCACCAACAUGAACGACUUCAAAAGGGUUGUAGGAAAGAAAGGUGAAAGCCACUGAGCAGGAGAAGGAAGGGGAGGGAGGACGAGAAGAAGAUGAGGAGGAGGAGGAGGCUGCAGAUACAAACAAGGAUUUUCCCUCCACCAAAGCUGCCACAUUUACAAAGCUGUCAGAAAAUAAUACACACAAAACCUCCUGCAAUCCUCCUCUUGCUCUUAAAUGAAUUCUCCAUCUCUGGAGACUCGGUCUAUAAAUCAUUUAUAUUGUAAUUCUGAAAACCCUGUAAAUAAAACACAAUCCUUUUUCAAAGG